AACAGUUAAUCGACCUGCGAGAAUCAACAGCACAGGCGGAACGGCGAGACUUGAACGGUCACCCAUCCAAGGAUCCAAGUACUUAACGCGCCAAAUGCUGCUCAACCUCGGAGAUCGACGUCACCGCGACCACCCUCGUUUUAUAGCCGAUUUUUUAUAUUAAUAGUUACUAACAACGUGUUGCCACAACGAAUUAGUUUUGUGUAAUGGGAACGCAACAGGAUUUAAUACAAAGAUUUGACGAAAAAAUAAAAUGUGGUAACGACAUGGUAGAUCAGUUGAAACUCGUGAAGAUUGAAGGUGUAGACAAGCUCAUUAGAAAAAUUUAUCAAGAAGUUAGAUUUUUAAUAAAGGUUCGUUCUGCAGGUAAUGCCAAGAAAGAACACCUGCAGAGCACAAAUUUGAUUCACCUGAAUGCCAUUGUGGAGCGAUUGAUGUCAACCAAUGAGCCUGUGGGUGUUCUAAAGCCCUUUAAUCAUCAAAAUUCAAGGCUAGAAAUAGACAUUGUCUGUGAUGGUGGUUCUAGCUGGAUAAAAGUCAUUGCACGUAAUGCCAAGGCCCUCACUCUUAUCUCACAGGGUCGUGCUGAAUAUGGUCAAAAAUCAGUGAUUGACCAAGCCAAUUUUUACUUCACGUGUGCUAAGAAUCACCCUCAUAUGUACAAACCACCUACUAUUGUAUUUCACUUUGCGUGUGGUAUAGAAAAACCAUUAGCUAAUAAAUUAAAAAAUUUGGGUGUCAUCAUUGAAGGGAAAGAAAUCGAUGCUCAAGGAGAUGAUAGUGGUGAAAUUACUGACAAUGAAAUGUCAUUAUCUGAAUCUGAGACUACAUCUAGAGAUUCUAUAACAAACAGUAAUGUUUGUAAUUUGCUAAAUUUGAACACCCAUAUACAAAUAUCUGACAUUAAAAUACUUAAUUUAGACGUGUCAACAUUACUUGGUUAUGUAACAAAUAUGACAAAUGGUCGUGUUAAUUAUAAAUACUUGGAAACAUUACUUACAAGACAAGCCGAAUGCGAACGAUGCCGACCUUUAAAACAUAUUCUAGAUAGUUUAUUUCAAGACAAGAAACUUUUGGUGUGUCAAACUGCAUAUGACAACUUUAAAAGUAUAGUGAACUUGAUUGGUGGUCCCAAUGAAAAAAAUAGAACUGACGAGUUAAUAAGCAGAGUCACAAUCGUAAAUGAUGUCCCUCAAGGAAGAGUCAUGCAACUGUGUCUUGGUGGUAAAAUAAAGAUGCGUUCUAGGCUUAUUUUUGCAAGUGGUGAAAAUAAUAAAUGCAUCACCGUCUCUGCCAAUGAAGGAUUUGUGCGUGCUGCUCGAAUGCAGGGAGUAGAAUGUGUGGUGUUUAUUCACGAGCCACGCUCUCUGUCUGAAUUGAAAGAACUCAAUGCUGAGAGGAUUGAAUCUUGACGUUCUUUUAAAUAUAUAACAGAUAAUUUAGGAUGCACUUUCUCAAUAACCAAUUAGAACGACGAUUUAUUGUAGAGCUGUACAUAAAGGCAUUUUUUAUACAUAUAAUAACUGGCUAGAGGUGAAUGAUGAAGUAAUACAUACCUUUGAGCUUAUUUUAAAUUUUGACAGAUUGUUAAUUUAAAAAGUAUUUAUCGAAUGUUAAACUAUUGUUUAUUUCAACACAGGUACUCAUCUAUUGUUAUUUACUCAAUAUAUGUCACCUUUUUUGCUUACUGUAAA